GAAGCUAGCUACUCGGCGGCUAUCUGCAGGCGGAGGCAGAGCUCUUCUCACCAGCGUGUGUCCUGUUAAACUGACAAAACGUCUUACGCAAUGAGAGGAGAUCGUGGCAGGGGCCGAGGUGGCCGGUUCGGCUCCCGCGGAGGUUUGGUCCAAGGGUAUCGGCCCUUUGUCCCUCACAUACCAUUUGACUUCUAUGUUUGUGAGAUGGCCUUUCCUCGAGUGAAGCCGGCCUCUGAUGAGACUGCUUUCAGUGAAUGUCUGUUGAAGAGGAACCAAGACCUCAGUCCAACCCCCUCUGAACAGGCUUCCAUUUUGUCCUUGGUCACCAAAAUUAACAACGUCAUUGAUAACCUAAUUGUGGCACCUGGAAACUUUGAAGUGCAAAUUGAGGAAGUAAGACAAGUGGGCUCCUAUAAAAAGGGCACCAUGACUGCAGGACACAAUGUUGCUGACCUUGUGGUUAUCCUGAAGAUUCUGCCCACCUUGGAAGCUGUUGCCGCCUUGGGAAACAAAGUUGUUGAGACCCUGCGAACCCAGGACCCUUCUGAGGUGUUGUCCAUGCUGACAAACGAGACUGGAUUUGAGAUCAGCUCUGCCGAUGCCACAGUAAAAAUCCUCAUCACCACUGUCCCACCCAAUCUGCGCAAACUGGACCCAGAGCUUCAUUUGGACAUCAAGGUUCUGCAAAGUGCUCUGGCAGCCAUUCGUCACGCUCGUUGGUUUGAGGAGAAUGCUUCUCAGUCAACUGUGAAAGUUCUGAUUCGCUUGCUGAAAGACAUUCGAGUCCGAUUCCCUGGAUUUGAGCCCCUCACUCCCUGGAUUCUGGAUCUGUUGGGACACUCUGCUGUCAUGAACCAUCCCUCUAGGCAGCCUUUGCCACUCAAUGUUGCCUACAGGCGCUGUCUUCAGAUGCUUGCCGCAGGUCUUUUCCUGCCUGGUUCUGUAGGAAUCACUGAUCCCUGUGAAAGCGGAAACUUCCGUGUGCACACCGUCAUGACCCUGGAGCAGCAGGACAUGGUGUGUUUCACAGCCCAAACACUGGUGAGGGUUCUCUCUCACGGAGGAUACCGGAAGAUCUUGGGCCUUGAAGGAGAUGCUAGCUAUCUUACUACUGAGAUGUCUACUUGGGAUGGAGUGAUCGUUACGCCAUCUGAAAAGGCCUACGAGAAACCUCCAGAGCGCAAGGAAGAGGAGGAUGAAGCGCUGGAGGAAGGUGUAGAAGCAGAAGAUGAAAGCAUGGAGACCCAGGAAUAAUGCAGGGGUCUCUCAGCCCUUUGGCUCAGUUGUAUUUAUGUUGUUGUUUUUAUUUUUUAAAUAUUAGAAACCUGUUCCAUUUCUAAAUUGUUUUGCCCAGAAGUCUCCUGCACAUUGGUUUCUGUAAGUUUGUCUGCAUCUUCUACAGUUAAACUCAUGGUAGUAAACCGCUACAACAACUUCUCACCACAGUUCAUUCUGUUACGGUUAUGUUUGGGAAGCAACGUGGAAAUCAUUUACUUUGUUUUCGUCUGUUUUUGAUUUAUAUUUUUAUCAUGAUUGAGCAAGUAAAAUUUUUUAUUUCCUUUUUAC